AUGCCAAACCUUCGGUACAUCUCCUGCACGCGCUGCCAGUGGAAGGGAUUCACCCUCAGAGCCCUCUUCCGCCACAUGCACUCAGCUCAUGGCCAUGAGAAAAACUGGACCUGCGGCUUGGAAGGAUGUAUGAUGACGUACAGAUCCUACUUCACAUACCGCAGGCAUGUGACAAGCAAGCACAGUGGCCUCCUUGGAAGUCACGAUUCACGAGCCACCUCUCAAGCCACCCAGAAUGAAGGCAGUGAGGAAAUUGGGGAACCCACGGGGGCCGAAAGUACGGUGUCUCAGGACGAUGAUGGCAGUAAUGAAGCUGAUGACAUCAGUAAUGAAGAACAAGAUGCAUCCAGUUCCGUAUGUACAGCAGAUUCUACGAAGCGCCUUGCACUCUUGCUUCUGAAGUGGAAGGAGCAAAUGAGGCUACCAGAGUUCAGCUUGAAUGAAGUUGCAAAUGAUGUCAUACAUUACAUCCAGGACUUAGUUCAGCAAUCUGCAGGUACACCUGAUGCACAGCCACUUACUGACAUCAUUAAGGAGCUGCCUAUUCUACAAACAAAAGGUGGUCGGAAAGACUACUGGAAGAGCACACUGCCUUUUGUACAACCAGCAACGAUGUACCUGGGAAACAACUCAAAGGGGAAAGCCAGAUACGUUCCAGUUCCACACGUAAGUGUACAACAGGGCAGCGAAGGCCACCUCAAAAGCGUGUUUGAUGGCUCCGCCUUCAAAGGGCACAAAUAUUUUCAAGGCGAUACCAACAAGUUCUGUAUCCAGCUCUACUGUGAUGAAUUUGAAGUCUGUGAUCCCUUGGGUGCCAAAAGAGGAAAACACAAGUUGGCAGUCAUAUACUAUUCACUUCUAAAUGUGCCUGCUGAGUACAGAUCCCUUCUGCAACAUAUCCAUCUAGCUGUGGUUGCUCGGGACAAGCUUGCGGAACGCUAUGGACUGGACCGUAUUCUGGAGCCCCUUGUGAAGGAUGUCAGAGCUAGAAACAGAAGGCAUAGUCGUGAUUCUAUACGGUACACUGGGUCAGUGCUGUGUCUCUCAGGCGACAACUUAUCCAACCACCGUGUGGGGGGAUUUGCAACAAGCUUCAGCCACGGUCGCGUGUGCCGCUUCUGCAUGGCUUUGCACUAUGAACUGUCUGCCAAGCACAAGGAGCAGCAUUUUCACAUGCGGUCUCCUGAAAGCCAUGCAUACCCACCUCGACAUGUUGGAAAGAGGGUUGCCUGCACUUUCAUUAUAUGGAGUGAAAAGGCCCUGUGCAUUACCACUUCACGGGUUGACCCCACAGAGCACCUGCCGCCCGACGUGAUGCAUGAAGUUCACGAAGGCAUCUUGCCAUUCCUCCUGAAGCACGUACUUUCCAAGCUUGUUUCUGACAAAUAUUUCCUCCUUGGAAACCUUGAAUGCUUCCAUUGA